AUGAGUGCUAAGGAGGAAGUCUCGGCCAUGAAAGAUCUUCCUUUGGAGGAUGCAUUUGAGUUCUUUUGUGAAGGAUUAACUCCUUCUGGACCAUAUAGGGACCAUUUAUUAGGAUAUUGGAGAGCAAGUUUGGAAUCACUAGAGAAUAUACUAUUUUUAAAGUAUGAAGAUUUGAAGAAUGAAACUGAACAUUGGGUAAAGAAAAUAGCUCAGUUCAUGGGUCCUCCUUUCUCCUUGGAGGAGGAAGAUAAAGGUGUGGUGCAAAAGAUUAUACACCUAUAUAGUUUUGAGAACAUGUCUAGUUUGGAAGUGAAUAAAAAUGGAAUGGUAAAGUUGGAGUUUGGACUCACAAAAGAUGGAGUCAACAUGUAUGAGUUCAAAAAUAAUUCAUUUUUUAAGAAUGGUAAGGUUGGAGAUUGGAGUAAUCAUCUCACAUCUGAAAUGGCUAGACGACUCAAUCAAAUAACUAAGCAAAUGCUAACUAGUUCUGGUUUGACAUUGAACAUCACACCUAGUGGAAGAGCUGAGAAUCUACACCACUUUCAUGGCUUCCAUCAAAAUGGUUGUCAUUCAAGAAACGAGGCUCUUGCACUUGCAAUUGAUAGAGUCCCUGAUAGUGAGAUCGAUGAGGCAACUGCUGCUGGUGCUGGAGAAUUUGGAUUAUCAAAAUCUAGUAGUGCUUAG